AUGGGGUCGAACGACAUUCACGUGUUCCGUGAUAUCUUGAUUCCUUAUGCAUGGAAUCGACCGGUCCGGCACGUCUUCCAUCGUUCAUUACUUGGAUCCACCAAUUUCAAGAUGGUCGUCAACUUGUCACUAUAUGCCGUGAACGCGUUCGUGGUUCUCGAUACGGACGGGCACCGCGUGAUGGCCAAAUACUACAACCCGAAGAGCCGCGGCUAUCUUGGAGAUGAGACGGCAAAUAAGGGGCUAAACACGCUCAAGGAGCAACGUGCAUUUGAGAAGGGACUAUUCGCCAAGACGAAGAAAGCAGGAGGCGACAUUAUCUUGUACGAUGGACACUUAGCCGUGUACAAGCACUCGCUUGAUCUCAUAUUCUACAUCCUUGGCGGCGCGAGCGAGAACGAGCUCAUGCUGCAAGCUGCCCUAUCCGCUUUCUCCGACGCCGUGCACAUGCUCUUGCGAAACCAAGUAGAGAAGCGCGCCUUGCUCGAGAACCUCGACUUGGUGGUGUUAUGUUUGGAUGAGACCAUCGACGACGGUGUCAUCGUUGAGACCGACUCCACAACUAUCGCGUCCCGCGUGAGCAGGCCAAAAGCGGAUACGACGGAGAUCGUGAUCAACGAGCAGACGAUCAUGAACGCGUACCAGACUAUGAAGGAGAAGAUGCAGCAGCGCAUUGGCCAGCUAUAA